UUUCAUGGGGGAAAAAAUAGCAAAUUAUUAUUAUACAGUAUUUAUAAAGCGCCAAUAGUUCGCUCAGCGCUGUACAUUACAAAGGGGGACAGAACAUGUGACAGAACAAUACCAAUACAAUGCAAAACUGCGGUGUAAUAAGGUUAGACAGAUUUAAUGAGAUCAAUAUCGGUAAUAAGGCCAAUUAGUCAACAGCAGGACUGACCAUUUGGAAACUCGGGCACUGCCCGAGGGCCCGGGGUCAGUGGGGGGCCCCAUAAGAUGCCCCUGGUACCUUUUUCAUAGGCUUUUUUGAGUUUGGGCAAGGACACGGGCCCCAUGAUCCCCUAUUGCCCGGGG